AUGGACAACUCCGCCUGCCUAGGCAGCACCCUCUCCCGUGACACCAACAUCGACGACGAAUUGGCCUGCCCAAUUUCCAAAGCCAGCAAAGCAUUCACCCGUGUGGAAAACAUAGUCUGGAAUCGCCACGGUCUCAUUCUCAACAUCGAACUGAAAAUGUACAAGACAGUCAUCCUGCCGACGCUGUUGCAUGGAGCGAAGACCUGGAUGGUGCACAAGAAGCAGGCGCGGAGACUCAACCACUUCCACCUCAGAUACCUUCGCAGACACUGA